UGUUUGAAGUGUGUACUCGAACCUACACUGAUGAUUGUUGUGUGUAGUUAUUUUCGCUAAAGCUUCUCCGUUCAUUGAAAGUUCAUUGCAAGCUUCUGUUCCUCACUUCGAGUUCUGACUUACUUAUGGUUGGAGUGCGCUCAUCUCGUCGUCGGUAGAUCCUGUCCUGGUUGAGCUGGUUUUUGCACUUUGUGAUAGACUUUAUUAGAAAAGACUCACUGCGUGUAUAAGAUCUGCCUUUGUUUGUGAAUACUUCUUCUUAAAAUGCUCAUUUAGUACUAUAAGGUCACGUCAAAAGUGUUUAAGCUCGGAAAGUUACUAAAUGUGAAAGUAGAAAUACGUAGUCAGAAUAUAACGGGUGAUAGUGGAGGUUGUGCUCAGUGUCUGCCUUGAGCGUGAAGUGACUUCAAGGAUAUUGUGGAUUUCGUUCUAGUGUGCCUUAUAGUUGUGACGGGUAACUGAAAUUGGGAAAAGAAAACAAACUCGAUUCUUAUGAAAUAAUCGUGAAGACAGUGGUGUUCUGCUGUUUAUGUUCAACUAUUCGACACACGAUUGAAGGAAACCAUCGCAAAGUGGAUUAGCCGUUUUUCACCGUCUCCAAUAUGCAUCAGCGCAGAACGUUCGAGAUGGACUGAGCUGCAGUCAUCUAGGAUGGGUUGAACGGAGAGCAGCAAUCAUUCUUCCAGUCUGCGUGUCGGGUGUGCAAUAGUUGUGCAGAACCGGAAGUAACAGUUGAUCAAAAUGCCGACUGUCAUAUCAAAGUUUGCCAAAAAGUCCUUCGACAAACUCGAGGAGCUGGGUUACUCCAAAGAGCUUGUGUCAGGAGGCUUGGUUAGCACAGCACUGUUGGCCUAUUGCGUGAAAUUAUCCUACCCAUUUAUCAAGCAACAACUAGAUCGUAGUAAAAGUACAAUAGAAACUAAAUGUGAUAAUGGUCUUAGUAGAAAUGAGAACAACAACCUUACCAAGGCAAACAUCGAAGAUCCCGAGGAAAAAAUCGAGAAGAUAAUCAUCGAGAAGAAACUAAGACGGAAAAAACAGCCUGGCCUUAACCUAGAGUUCAUUCUUCAGUUGAAGAAGUUGAUCCAGAUUAUGGUGCCACGAGUUUUGUGCGAGGAGACGGGUCUGCUGGUAGUUCACACCACGUGCCUCAUAUCACGAACCUUCCUGAGCAUUUAUGUAGCCGCAAUGGAGGGCGCCAUUGUCAAGUAUAUUGUGAGAAAAGAUGUAAAAAAUUUUGUGCUUAUGCUUCUGAAAUGGUUCGGCAUAGCGAUACCGGCAACGUUCAUCAACUCCAUGAUUCGAUACCUCGAGAACAAACUCGCACUGGCGUUUAGAACUCGCUUGGUGAAUCAUGCCUACGAUAUGUACUUCAAGAACCAAACGUACUACAAAGUAUCGAACCUGGACGGCAGGAUCGAGAAUGCCGAUCAUCGAUUAACCGACGACAUUUCGACCUUCUCGAGCUCGGUCGCUCACCUGUACAGCCACCUGACGAAACCAUGCUUCGAUCUGAUGUUGAUUGGCAUUGCUAUGGCGCGUUCGUCACGGAAAAUGCAAGCGAAUAUUGUGAUGGGUCCGGCGUUGGCUACAAUUGUGAUAGGGACAACGGCGCACAUUCUGCGAAUAGUGUCACCCAAAUUCGGGCAGCUCGUUUCGGAAGAGGCGAACCGCAAUGGAUAUCUGCGACAUGUGCAUUCAAAGAUCAUCACGAAUGCUGAGGAGAUUGCCUUUUACGGUGGUCACAUGGUGGAACACGCUCAGCUUCAGGAUGCAUAUUCAAGGCUAGUGACUCAGAUGAACAACAUCUUCACACAAAAACUCUGGUUCAUAAUGUUGGAGCAAUUCUUUAUGAAAUAUGUCUGGUCCGGUACUGGAAUGGUGAUGGUUUCCUUACCAAUUUUAACUGUUAACAGUCUUCCGAGUGGCAAACAUAGUAAGACCAAGGCUGAAUCAGAAUUUGGAGUCAGCGAAAGGACGCAGUACUUUACGACAGCUAGAAAUCUAUUGCUGAGUGGCGCCGAUGCAAUUGAACGUCUUAUGUCAUCGUAUAAGGAAAUUGUAGCCCUUGCUGGUUACACAAGCCGCGUCGCUGGCAUGUUUGAGGUGUUUGAUGAUGUAUCGCAUGGUAUAUACCAGAAAACAGUAGUAACUGGGGAUCGGAAUGAUGGAGGGAUACUUGAAUUCAAAAAUGGGCAGCCUGUAGCCAAAGGAACAAUUAUGUGUAGUGAGAAUGAAGGUGACAUGACAAUAUCGCUGGAUAAUGUUCCUGUAGUAACACCAAACUGUGACAUUGUGGUGUCCAGUUUAACGCUGACCAUAGCACCGGGAAUGCAUUUACUCAUUACGGGACCAAAUGGUUGUGGCAAGUCAAGCUUAUUCCGCAUCCUGAGUGGAUUGUGGCCGAUUUACGGUGGUACACUGCGCAUUCCUAAGCGAUCACAGGGUAAACCAUGCAUGUUCUACAUCCCGCAACGACCAUACAUGUCGUGUGGAAGUCUGCGGGACCAAAUCAUCUACCCAGACACGCGUAAGGAAAUGUUGAGUAAAAACAUCACCGAAUGCCAGCUGAGAGAAAUCAUGCGAAUGGUGUCACUAGAGCAUAUUAUUGACAGGGAUAGUUUUGACGAAAUUCGAGAUUGGAAGGAUACCCUCUCUGGAGGCGAAAAACAACGAAUGGCCAUGGCUAGGCUUUUCUAUCACAAGCCCCAUUACGCCCUUCUGGAUGAAUGUACCAGCGCUGUUUCGAUUGACGUCGAAAGUUCCAUCUACGAAACAGCUAUUUCAAUGGGAAUCACACUCCUUACUAUCACUCAUAGACCAACUUUGUGGAAAUUCCAUACCCACAUCCUUGAAUUCGACGGCCAGGGUGGAUGGGUAUUCGAGCCCCUUGCCAAGGAUGCCAAGCAGCAGGUUCCUAGAUCCAAGCAGAACGUGUAUCAAAAUCACAAACCUUUCACGGACGCACCGGAGAUGACAGUCUCGGCAGUGUCGGUGUGAUUACCGUAACCAAUUCAUCACGCUUCAUCACAAUUUAUAGAGAUUAUCCAAAUUUGACUAUCUGUGACAAUUGUAGUAAAUUUUAUCACCAUAAGUAGGAGCACUUUGCUGCAAAGCGAAAGGGAUUUGAAAGGUACCUACUGUAGAUAAAGUUGUGAGGAGAAUCAACUUUAAAUGUUAACGAAUUUAAUACAUGUUUUAUCCUGAACUCUAUGAAUUUUAACGUUCUAUUUAGUAUAACAACUUCUAUUUGUUCUGGUCCUAUCA